AUGGAGGCCCGAUUAUAUCAAAAUCACCAUGCUGCUGAGUUAUUCGUAAAGGAUAAGAUUACUUAUCCGGAUAUAUUGAAAAAGUUCAUUAUUGAUUUCUUACUGCGGCUUGACCCUGAUCGCAAAUCAGAUCAACUUCAGUUUGAUCUAAUGUUAGAUAUGGGAUGUGCAAACGGUCUUCAAACAAAGAUAUUUGCGGAACAUUUUAGUAAAGUAAUAGGUAUUGACAAAAGCGAAGAACAAAUAAAAAUGGCGAUUAAGGAAAAUUCAAGCGAUAACAUUCAAUAUGUUAUUGGAGAUGAGAGUAAUAUGCCAGCCUUGGACAAUACGGUAGAUCUAGUGUGGUGUUGCUUUGCAUUUCAUUACAUGAACGUUGAAACCUAUAUAAGAGAAUGUGAAAGAGUUUUGAAAUCUACAGGCGGCACCAUAAUUUGUGGACAUGAUUUCGUGGACAUUAUGCUGCAUGAAAAUGAGGGUUCACAACUACAGUCUGGAAUGAACAUCUUGGAGCAAUACCUCAGAAAAUCGGCGGAGUGGUUUAAAACCCACGCUCCUCUGCAAUACGAGCUUACUUUGCGAUACGAAAAGGUUUACAACAGAAUAUCAGGAGUAAGGAAGUACAGAAAUGAUGACUUGGUCGGUGCAAUCUCUCUCUCACUGGAAGACUUAAGAACACAUUUCAAUGCAAUUCCGGAAUAUUACAUGUUUCAGGAAUGGGUGAAGGAAAACGAAAAUCAUGAUCCUUUGGAAGAAUGUAUAAAAAAAAUGAAAAAAUUAUGGAAAUUAGAAAAUAGUCUGGAUUGUGACGUCAAAGUAACAAUAAAGUUGUCGUUUUUUGUGAUUUGCUUCACGAAGAACGUAUAA